UACAACCCAGUAGGGUUUGGGGCUGGUGUUAUUGUUCGAGCUGGGGAGUUUGGGGGGGAGGCUAAGGCUUUGUUAAUUUUGUUGGGAUGUUUGGUAAAAUCAGAAGCGUGGUUUAAACAGAAUCCAGGCGCACCCAUGCCUGACCCGGUUGUUUGUUUUGAUAUUGGAGCAACACAUUUAGACAGGCUGAGGUAAGCUAGCGAGCUUGGUCCCGAAGAAGCCGAUGGAUGCGCGGGUCUCGGAGUUGUUUGGGUCAACAAGCGGACACGGCUCCGGCGGGUCUCAGGGACCUGCGUCGAACCACAGGCCGGGCAAUGGCAGCGGGGUCGCCUCGAAGAAGGCUGGCGCCAAGAACAGGAAAGCCAGAGCUCGGUUCCCUCGCAACUUCAAGCCGAGCAAUAACACCCCGUACCUUCCCCCGGAGGCUGAAGAGGGAAAUAUCGAGUACAAGCUAAAGCUGGUAAACCCCACACAAAACCGCUUCGAGCACCUGGCGACACAAAUGAAAUGGCGGCUGCAGGAGGGUCGGGGCGAAGCCGUCUAUCAAAUAGGUGUGGAGGACAAUGGCAUGCUGGUGGGACUGUCAGAGGAGGACAUGAGGGCGUCGCUGAAAACACUCCAUAGGCUGGCUGAGAAAGUGGGAGCCGACAUUGCAGUUCUUAGAGAGCGAGAGGUGGAUUACGACGCCGACGUUCCUCGAAAGAUCGCUGAAGUUCUCAUACGAAAGGUGCCAGAUGACCAGCAGUUCUUAGACCUGCGUGUGGCGGUGCUGGGUAAUGUGGACUCUGGUAAGUCCACUCUGUUGGGUGUUUUAACUCAGGGUGAGCUGGACAACGGACGGGGAAGGGCGAGACUCAACCUCUUCAGGCAUCUGCAUGAAAUCCAGACUGGGCGCACCUCAAGCAUCAGCUUUGAGAUCCUUGGCUUCAACAGCAAAGGAGAGGUCGUAAAUUACAGCGAGUCUCGGACUGCAGAGGAGAUCUGCGAGAGUGCUUCUAAAAUGAUCACGUUCAUAGAUCUGGCCGGUCACCACAAGUACCUGAAAACCACCAUUUUUGGCCUCACCAGCUACUGUCCAGAUUUUGCUAUGCUGGUCGUCAGUGCAAACACCGGCAUCGCCGGUACGACAAGAGAACAUCUGGGUAUCGCCAUGGCCCUGAAGGUGCCCAUCUUCAUCGUUAUCAGCAAAGUGGACCUCUGCACCCGAGCCACUGUGGAGCGCACGCUGCGGCAGCUAGAGCGGGUCCUGAAACAGCCCGGCUGCAACAAAGUGCCCAUGGUGGUCAGCAGCACAGACGACGCAGUCACAGCAGCGCAGCAGUUCGCACAGUCGCCCAACAUCACUCCCAUCUUCACCCUAUCCAGUGUGACUGGUGAGAGCUUAGACAUGCUCAAGGUCUUCUUCAACAUCAUCCCUCCUCUUAGCAACAGCAAGGAGCAGGAAGAGCUUAUGCAACAGCUCACCGAGUUUCAAGUCGACGAGAUCUACACCGUUCCGGAGGUGGGGACGGUGGUGGGAGGUACUCUGUACAGCGGUAUUUGUCGCGAGGGGGAUCAUCUUGUGGUAGGACCCACCGAGUUAGGCCAGUUCCACAAGCUGACGGUCGGGAGCAUCCAGAGGAACCGCUCGGCGUGCAGGGUGCUCAGGGCAGGGCAGGCGGCAACGCUCGCUCUGGGCAACUUUGACCGCUCACUGUUGCGCAAGGGUAUGGUGAUGGUGAGUCCAGAGAUGGAUCCUACCAUCUGCUGGAUGUUCGAGGCCGAGAUUGUCCUGCUAUUUCAUGCCAAGACCUUUCACAAGGGCUUCCAGGUUACUGUGCACAUCGGCAAUGUGAGACAAACCGCUACAGUGGAAGCCGUGUAUGGCAAGGAAGAGCUGAGGACAGGAGAGAAAGCAGUGGUUCUCUUCAAGUUCAUCAAGCACCCUGAAUAUCUGAAAGUCGGGGCGAAGGUGCUCUUCAGGGAGGGCGUGACCAAAGGUAUCGGUCAUGUCACCAACCUGCAAGCCAUUUCCCAUCACCACCAUCAUUUUCAAGGGCAGGAUGAGAAAGCCUGAAGUCUUUAGGCAGCUUUGGAAACUCCGUCCCCAGCCCAGAAAAACAAGGUGCUCUGUUAACUACAUGCCACCUCCCAAAGGUCUCUUGGUAAACACCUCUGCUGCAGCAUCUUGUUGUUUUUGUCAUUUUUCUUUUCCAAAGCCUCCUUUGCCUCUCUCACUUGUCUUAUCUUCUUCAUACUUUUGAAUUACCACUGGUAUUUUUCUUGGGUUUAAAAUGUGUAGGAAUCUACCAGAAGCCCAACAUCCCACUCCACCAACACAUCUCAAUAAGUUUAGGGGGAAAAAAAGAGAAAUAGAAAUAUUUACACAUCUGUGUGGAAGAGCUGCUAAUGAAGUUGACUCCAAAGUGCACUCCGCAUAGACACACACACACGCUCUUCUACACUGAACUGAAAAAUGCCAGCGAUGUUAAUUGUGUGGCAGAUCAUUUUUGCAAAAGGAGAUGCUUUGACAUUAAUAUGUAAAUGGUAUCACUGUUGUGAAAUGAGGCAUCAUCGUCAUCAUCAUUAUUGGCCAGCAGAAACUGACCUGUUACCAGCAGUGUCUGAUAAACCUCUCAUUUUUGUAUAAAAAAAACCUCAUAUGGUGGUUUAUACACCAGAACUGCCAUGAAGAUCCAGCUUUAGGGGAAAAAGUUGUAUUUAUACUACAAAGAUAGCUUCCAACUGCCAACUCUGACAGUCUAUUGCCUGUGCAAAGGGAUUUUAAAUUAAUCUGGAUUAAGAUAAAAUGUGAUCAAAAAAAAGAUGGGAUAAUCAAGAGAAAUUUAGAGGUUAAAACUCACAGUUAAAAAAACAUUGUUAGAUACUUUCUUGCUUGUACUUUGCUUUUUAAAGUCAGCAAAGUUACCUUUAGCAUACUACAGAAUGAAUAUGCUCAGGCGGCUCUAAAUCACAGGCAAUGGCUUUAUAAACCAACAUCUUGACCUGGUUGGGGGGAAAAAAUAGCGUAUAGAGGUUGAAAGCUUGAACUUUGUUACAAGAACAUGAGAGGCACACACGUUUAUAGACACUUAGCCUGAACAUCCCCCAAAAAAAUGAUUUCUAUAUCCCAGUAUACUCAGACCAUAACCUGCUGGUGUAUUUUUGUGAGGCACAGCUUGUCCGAGUGAAGCUGCAGCUGCUGAAGAAGGCAUUUGAAGAAUUUAAAGGUAUAUGUAUGAACCUGUUUGACGUUGUGUGUGUGAGUCAGUUGAGAUCGCUACGGUAGUCUUUAAGUUUCCCUGUCACAUUCGUCUGUUGGAAUCUGUUUCCAUUCACAAGUAAUGCCUUUCACAAUAGUAUGGUGAGAUGGGAAUCUUGCCAGCUAUCCCUCAAGUGCUUCAGUUUCUCAGGGCAGCGUAGACGUUGCGUUAGUGACAGCAUUCCAUUUCUACAGAGCCACUCUGACCUUUCUGUUGCUGAUUUUUGGGGAAGUUGUUGUUCUGAGGAAAGCCAGAGAAUGUCCCCCCCCCCCCCCCAAAGAUUUGUUUUGUUCAUUUGUGUGUGAAACUGGCUUCUGAUGCAACUUUCUCUCAGAGCAAUGAUAUUGGAGGUACUUGAAGUCAUCGCUUCAGUUAAGUUACUGAUGUCACAGUCUUGGCAGGGUUUCGAACACAGUGCCUGGUGGAACUACUGCCCGAGCAGCCUUCCAUCACACCCCGGCCUUUACAGCUGAGAGGGGGAUGCUUUGGUUGGUGCUACAACUAGAAACAAUUUGUGAUAUUUCUGACAACUUUUAAAAACUGAAUGUUGUGUUGCCUAUUGGGUCUGAUUUCUGCUCGCGCUUUUGUUUCGUAGCACCCAUAUUAUUAAAGUACGAUUUGUGUGCAAAGACAGGAUGAUUAAAUAACCAAUUUCAACCAAAUUGUUUUUUUAUAGCAUUAACAAAGAGUUCAGGUAAUUUGUUUGUUUUAAUGCAUCACAGUUGGCUAUUACAGAUUUCUAGUAGUUCAGGAUUUUCCAGUUUUUAGUCGUUGCCGUGUUUAACGGGGCACACUCUUUUUUGUCUUUUUAAAAUCAAGUACAAGAUUUGUUUAUUUUUAUUGAAUUUUAAAAUAUUUUGAUAACUAUAUGGGUGAAAUGCAAUUUUUAUGUACAGAUCCAAUUUGUUGUGUGUUCAUAAAUAAAACAUGUUACCUCCUGAA